AUGAGACCCCGACCUCGCUACAGUAGUAAUAGACUUCACGCCUGUUUUACAAAUAAUCCAAUAUUUUCGAGGAAAAAGCCUCAUCCUCUAUGUUGCUCUCUCUCUCUCUCUCACUCUCUCUCUCUCUCUCUCUCAGUUUCUGCCUCUCUCUCUCUCAGUUGUUCCCUUUCACUCACUCUCUCUGUUGCUCUCUCUCUCUCUCUCUCUCUCUCAGUUUCUGCUUCUCUCUCUCUCUCCCUCUCGCUCUCUCAGUUGUUCCCUUUCACUCACUCUCUCUGUUGCUCUCUCUCUCAGUUUCUGCCUCUCUCUCUCUCUCAGUUGUUCCCUUUCACUUACUCUCUCUGUUGCUCUCUCCCUCUCUCUCUCUCUUUCUCCCUCUCUGUUGCUCUCUUUCACUCACUCUCUCGGAUGUUCUGUCUCAAUCUCUCUGUUGUUGUCUUUCGCUCACUCUCUCUCUUGCUCUCUCUCUCUCUCUCUCUCGCUGUUGCUCUCUUUCACUCACUCUUUCUCCCUCGAACACUCUCUCAGUUUCUCUCUUUCACUCACACACACACACACUCUCUCUCUCUCUCUCAGUUGCUCUCUUUCAGUCAAUCUGUUGCUCUUUCUCUCUGA